GUGGAUUUAUACAACAGCGUAUACGUUGACCGUAAAUACAGGGGAAAUAAUUUGGCUACGCCUUCUUUAUCAUCUCGAAGACAGAGAAAAGAAAAAACAAAGACGCAAGCGCGAGAGCCUGUGCUCCUCCCUUCCCCAAAAAUCUUAAACUCCUCGUCUCAAAAAAAAAAAAAAGAAUUCUUCUACAUUUCAACGAGGUGUUUAAGUUUAUGUUUAUUCCAGCGAAUUAGAUUUUUUUUUUUUUUAGAUUUCUUAUUUGAAUUUUAGGCUAAGAAGAACAGGGAUCCAAGAAAAAAAAAAAGGUAGAAUUGAUGGACGGAAUAAUGAAUAAGCUAAGGAAUUUAGAUGCGUACCCUAAAGUAAAUGAAGAUUUCUACAGCCGUACGCUCUCCGGUGGCGUUAUCACUCUCGUCUCCUCCGUUGUUAUGUUCUUGCUCUUCUUCUCCGAGCUCCGAUUAUAUCUGCAUGCUGUGACUGAAACAAAGCUUGUAGUUGACACUUCAAGAGGGGAAACACUACGCAUCAAUUUUGAUGUCACGUUUCCUGCUCUUGCAUGCUCAAUACUCAGCCUUGAUGCAAUGGACAUAAGUGGAGAGCAACACCUUGAUGUUAAACAUGACAUAAUCAAGAAAAGGUUAGAUGCACAUGGCAAUGUUAUAGAAGCAAGAUCAGAUGGAAUUGGUGCUCCCAAGAUUGAAAAGCCUUUACAGAGGCAUGGUGGCAGGCUUGAGCACAAUGAGACUUAUUGUGGUUCAUGUUAUGGUGCAGAAGUGGCUGAUGAUGAUUGUUGCAACUCCUGUGAGGAUGUUCGUGAAGCAUACAGAAAGAAAGGUUGGGCUUUGUCAAAUCCGGAUUUGAUUGACCAGUGCAAGAGAGAGGGCUUUCUUCAGAAGAUUAAGGAUGAAGAAGGCGAGGGGUGUAAUAUAUAUGGCUUUUUAGAAGUUAAUAAGGUCGCAGGGAAUUUUCAUUUUGCACCUGGGAAAAGCUUUCAGCAAUCAAAUGUUCAUGUACAUGACUUGCUAGCAUUUCAAAAAGACAGUUUUAAUAUAAGUCACAAGAUAAAUAGAUUAGCUUUUGGAGACUACUUCCCUGGUGUGGUGAAUCCUCUUGAUGGUGUUCAAUGGACACAAGAACAACCAAGUGGGAUGUACCAGUACUUUAUCAAGGUUGUACCUACCAUGUACACAGACGUGAGUGGACAUACCAUCCAGUCAAAUCAGUUUUCUGUGACAGAGCAUUUUAAGGGUGCGGAAAUAGGCCGUCUUCAGUCCCUCCCAGGAGUUUUCUUCUUUUAUGACCUGUCUCCUAUCAAGGUGACUUUCACUCAGCAGCAUGUCUCAUUCUUGCACUUUCUAACAAAUGUUUGUGCUAUAGUUGGAGGUGUUUUCACAGUUUCAGGAAUAUUAGAUUCUUUUAUAUAUCAUGGGCAAAAGGCAAUCAAGAAGAAGAUUGAACUUGGUAAAUUUAGUUGAUUGAUCGAGCAGGCAUGAAAUUGCUGCUGUUGUUUCAUCAGCCAGUAACAGGUGCUUGGGGAAGAAAUAGAACUAAGUAAAAGAGGUCACAGCGACAUACUUACCCUGUUCAGUUAUUAGCUUUCAUUGUAAUCAUAGACUGAAAUUUUGUUUUGACACAUUCUAUGUUGGAAUUAGAUUGAUUUCAUAGUUCUUUUGUGAGAAGAUGCCUUAUUGCAAGUUUUAUUCGACUGAUUUAGGGAACACAAGCCGAUGAUGGAAACAAUGUUCUUUUAUAAGGGAACCAAUAUCAAUUAUUCUCCAAAGAGAUCAUACGAUCAGAGUCUAUUGUCAUCACAUAUCAAAGCAAUUACUGCUAAUAACGACUUUCAGUUCGCGGAAUCCAUGUCAAACCGUAAGUUGUGUGAUAAUGCGUGAUACGAGGUUCAUCCAGAGGUUAGUUUAGUAACAGGGAAUUGCAAAGCCACAGAGUUUGAUUAUUAAGAAAUUGAAGCAACACUUUAUUUUUCGUACGUAAUCUUCCAUCUUUUUUAAAUAUUUAGGUCAAGGAAUUGGGAUGGGCCUUAUUACCUUAGGUGUAGUGGGUAGGCCAGACCUGAGCUCAUGACUCUGCCCAUUUUUAGCACAGCAGAGGAUUUGGUCCAGGUUGGUUUCCUUUCUUUUUCCUUUUAGCAAGAUUUUAACUACUCUAUCUACAUUAUUAUUUAUAAAAUUUUAUCUA